AAAUUGUGAGUGGUCACGCUGCACUCAGCUUGAUUGAUAAACAAAACAAACUUCAGCAUGACGAUGGUCGGGCGUCGUGCCCUUAUCUUUUUACAGGAUUUAGCACGAUCCCAAAAAGGUGCUGGUAUAAUCGGUGCAAGGUGUACUUCAACAAUGGCUUCAGUGCCCAAAGCAAGAAGACUGGAAGGGAAAGUAGCAAUUGUCACUGCUUCAUCGGACGGAAUUGGCUUUGCAAUAGCAAGACGCCUUGGUCAAGAAGGCGCUCAUGUUGUUGUCAGCAGCAGAAAAGAAAAUAAUGUAGACAGAGCUGUGAAUCAACUCAAAUCCGAGGACAUAAAGGUUUCAGGGAUGGUGUGCCAUGUAGCGAAAGCCGACCAUAGACAACGCCUUAUCAAUAAGACUGUGGAAGACUAUGGUGGAAUUGAUAUUUUUGUUUCUAACGCUGCAGUUAAUCCUGUGUUUGGACCAAUUCUAGAUACCUCUGAAGCAGCAUGGGAGAAGAUAUUUGAUGUUAAUGUAAAGGCAACGUUUCUAAUGAUUAAGGAUGCUGUUCCACACAUGGAGAAAAGAGGCGGUGGUUCUGUAGUCAUAGUUUCAUCCAUUGGUGGUUAUGUUCCUUUUGAGUAUCUUGGACCUUAUUCAGUGAGCAAAACUGCUCUGUUUGGCUUAACCAAGGCGUUAGCCCCACAAUGUGCUGGUAUGGGAAUACGGGUCAACGCCCUUGCUCCUGGAGUCAUUAAAACAAAAUUCAGUGAAGCGCUAUGGAAGAAUGAGGCAGCUUCGGAACAGUUUCUUAGCAUGAUACCAAUGAAAAGGAUUGGUUUACCAGAGGAAUGUGCAGGGACAGUUGCAUUCUUAUGUUCUGAUGAUGGUUCAUAUAUGACAGGAGAAACAUUGGUUAUAGCAGGAGGAAUGUCAGCUAGACUAUAAAAAGAACUUAUUUUUUUUUUAGUUCCAUCAGGGUCAUUACAUUUUUAAUAAUUUAUAUAAUAAAGAAAAUUAGGAUCUGUGUUCUGAUUACUGAAAUUUUGAAAAAUUAAUUAAUGUUAAUUACUGCCUGAAAUAUAGGGGAAGUUGUGUUUAUGAUUAAGACAAUUCAGUAUUAAGUGAAGUUUUCAGGAAAAAUGCAGGCCUUUAGUGUGGUAAUUUAUUUUAACAUUUAAACAAUGGAAAUUUCAAAUUGUUAUGAGUAUAAUGCUCAGAUAUUUAAGAUACUGGUUAUGAAGAAAAAAAAAUAAAGAGAUUGAUUACACCCCUGAAAAUUGUA